UUAUAGGUAUACGACCUUGCGUUGGUUUACACACAUAUAUUCGUGCGUCAUGCUCUGAAAAUGUUGAUAUUGUUGUGUUCCUGUCAUAAAAAUUAAAAGACGGUGACAGUUACGGGGGUGGUCAUUGAGGAUAUGAAAUGAAUGGUUUGACGCAUGCGCUUUGCGCCGGUUUUCAGCGAGAUAUAAGCAAGCGAAAUCAUCCUCGCACCGCACAACUUUCGCAAACGAUCUCGCAGAGAACAGCGAAGCCCGCAUUCCAUUAAUCAUCACUACACCACUUCCGAUGUUUUUAACACUCGUAUUAUAAAAUAUUUACGCCGUGAGUUGUGACUAGGUUUUCCGCAGUGCAUAUCUUAUUUAUUACUAUUUGCAAAAACUUUUAUUAGUUCUCUCCAAGUUUUUCGGCGCGCAACAUUCAACAGUUGACUGAAAAGGAUUAUUUUGGAUUCUUCAAGCAUCUCCCUACACUCUACCUACAAAAUGAUGUGGUGGGCAAUAUGGUGCGCUGCAGUGGUGGCCGGAGCGGCAGCGGCGCCAGCCGGCGACGCGCUAGCGCCCCUCGCGCUCGACCUGCCACAGAUAGAUUCUCUCACACCUGACGACGAGAGCUUGAGCUACGCGGGGCCGGUAGGCCGCUACGCUGCGUCCGCGCCGCUGGUCUACCUACUUCCCGACGUGCCCCGCGACGCGCAGGUGACAAGUGUGCGCGUGCGCCGCGACUUCACCGUGAACCCGGCCGUGGAGCUCCUGACUGACGCCUACUCCGACAAGGCGCGGCGCCAACACAUCACGCGCGCAAACAGGGAACUCCUUAAAUGCAUAGGCAAGCGAGACCCCUGGAGUGGUCCUGAAGAUUGCUUUCAGAAAACAUUUGGAAAGUAAACUUAAAACCAAACAUGCUCAGCUGCCGUCCAAACACGCCUCUCUAGUCAAAUAAACAGCCUUGCGAGAUGCACAGCGAUGUAGUUUAUUUAUUCUGUGUAUAUAUGUAUUGUGUGCACUUUCUGUAUUUGUUUAAGAGGGGGCUAAUAAAAAAAUUUAGUUUUUAAAGUGGAGUUACACAUUUUGCAAAGGCAAAUGCCAUGAAAAAUUUACAGGGACAUAGGCCGUAUUUACGUGGGCAGGCUCCAACCAAAACUUUACUAUGAAAACAUAUCUGAUUCAUUUCAAUUGUACAUCGUUACCACAGCAGUACAAUUUUAGUAUAAGAUAGCUAGUGAUAUAGCCGAGGGACGUCACGAGCAAAACAUUUUAAAUAUAAACAUAUUUUCGGAGAUAUUGAGGUAAAACGUUAAAAGCCACGUGAUAUAUUUUGAUUCCUUAUAAUUCCCUCGCUUUACGCCCCCUCUUAAUAAGUAUGUGUCUAAAAUUAUUAUAUUAUUGUGCUAAUAUAUUUACUAACAUUUUAAUAUUUAAUAAACUUUUGUUCAUUAUGUAUUGCCUCCUCAUUUUAUCGCCCGCUUUAUACUCAUAAGUUUAGUAAAAAUUAUAGUUCUGUUGCCAAAACUGGAAUAAAUAAUGACUUAAUUUCGUAAUAUUCAAACACUUAUACUUAGUUUAUACCCUUAUUAGUUCGUCUAAUAUAAGUAGUGAUAUACUUAACUACGAACUAUAGGUUUCCUUUUUAAAUCCAUAAUUAAACCUACAGUAAAUAACUAUUACGAUACAAGUGUGGAAAGAAGAAGAUCGAAACGAGUGGUGUGGUUUGAACAAUUGCUCUUCACAUGGUGUUUUUUUUUUCAUAUUAGGUACCUACCUAAGGAUGUUCCCUGUUGCUUCAGACCUAACGACUGGCCGUGAGAAGUCCAAGUUAAACAAUUUUCUAUGAUCGAGACUAGAUCAGCAGUACAACGUGUUGGAAGUAUUUCCCACGGCUUUAUUUCCUGUAUGUAGUGGGCAGUCAAGAACCCUAUCGGCUCUACAAGCAAUUUUCGCCGCCACACAGCAAUAUUAAUUAAUAGUGGGGAAGCAGGGGUCGGAUAUCGAUAUAUCAUUCAUACAAUUAACCACUUAAUGAUUUCGGUUAACCGUAAACCGUGCGUGACAUUUUUUUUGUGUUUUAGAUUGUUAAUUUAAUAGUUCGAGGCUAAUAAACACCCAUUUUAAGUAAAAUAAAAAUAGCAAAAUGUAAAGAAAGCUAUUUAAAAAAUGUAAAAUACCGAUUACGACCCCUGGGGAAAGUACAUAGGUGCAGUGAGUACGUACAUACUUUUGUCUCAGGCAUUGCCGCUUGGCACGAUUGUUCUUUGGAUCAUAUUAGCUGAUCUCAGUCACGAGAUUAAGACGAAAGGGGACGGCCGCUUCUUCAUACAAACGUAUUCCUCAUUUUUCUCUCUGGAUAUUGACAUUAUGGAAACUAUUUUUACAUAAUUUGAUGUAUGUUUACCAUAGCCAUGCCCCUUUUGCCACGUUUGACGUUUCCGAUUUUUUGAUUACCUAUUAUAAAAAAUAGUGGCAAAAAACAGAUUUCAUACAAAUUUUAAAUGCUCCUAACUCUUAUAAUAAUUAAAAAUUCGAAAAAAAAUAACGUAGGAGCGUAUAGUUGUGGCUGAUAUACAACACAUUGUGUCUUAACAUUUUCAAUAAUGUGGAUAUGCCCCCGACAUAUGUCGGAGGCACUGAGGUAUAUCUGAUGAGGCGGCAACUACGGUGGUGUGGGCAAGUUUUCUCGGGUGUCAGAAGACAGAGUGACGAAGCGAAUCUUCUUUUCAGAAUAGUAAGCGUAAAAUCGGUGGCCAGUACUUACGAUAUAAGGACGUUCUGAAAAGAUAUAUGAAGAGAUGCAAACUAGAGCCCUCUGACUGGGAGCGGAAGGCAGCGCAACAGCCGAAAUGGCGGCGCCUCGUGCAUGAUCAAGUCGGUGACUUUGAAGCUGAACGUCGCAGCGAACUCGACCGAACGGUAGAUGAGCUUAAGGCUCGCUCGCAAACUAUUUCCUACAAUUAUGUAGGUGGUGUGUUGACGUGCCCAAAAUGCGCUCGGAAAUUUAGUAGAAAGGUUGCGUACGCGAGUCUUCUGCACCUGAGAGUGGAACAGCUACACUCUAUUAACAGUUAUUAAAAAUUUCCACUCUAGAACACACAGUCGCUGUGGCCGAAAUCGGUCAGGAGUCAUCAAUGUGAAUAUCCAGAGAGGAAAAUGAGGACUACGUUUGUAUGAAAAGGCGAUUUCGCACGGGUCCUCCACUUUCGUCUUAAUUCUUGGGCACCCCCAAAAAUGAAGGGAGGAAAAGUGGCUCGUAUUUUCGUUAUGUAGACAACAAUUCACAGAUUAGCAGACU